AUGCUCCACACGCGGUCCGUAUCCGACCCGCCGCUGAGUCCGACGACACUCGGCCCCAUGGAGUCGUUCGCCUCGUUCAAUCGACCGACGACGCCUUCACCUGCGGCACCACACAAUGCCCAGGCCUACAUGAAGAGGGCUCUUCCGCCUCUGCCUCCUCCUUCGUUCAACGGGGGAGCCAUUCCACCGCCUCUCAACAUCAGGAAGAGCAAGCCACCUUCCCUUCCAUUGGCACCAAGCGCGCCGUCGUCUCGCCCGGUAUCAAAUGAAGCACCACCACGUCGUGAGGUUCGAAGCGUCUCGCCUCUUCCCGCUCCCAGCACACCCGUCAAGGGCGCUAAUCCUCUUCACCUUUCGACCAUCUCGAGCAACAACUCCAGCCCUGUGCACACCCUCAAGCCGCGGAAAUCCAAGAAGGUUCUGCAGCUUAUGGGGCUUGACGUUGACGUUAUGAAUGCUGUUGGUGUUGCUCCUCCGGAGCCCAAGAGAGAGCCCGUUCUUAGAAGCAGUCGAAGCCUUGAGCGAGCACCAAAUCUGAACGCCACAACUCUGCUGCAUCUUCCAGAGGAAAGUUUGAUUCCUGUAUUGGAGGAUGAUGACGGCAGGGACAGCAUGUCCAGCAAGAAGAGCUCUUGGGGGCCAGGAUCGCCGCAUUCUGCUUCCAGAGUACCGCUGAGUUCUAAACAGUCUGUCCGACGCCGCCGCAGUGCCCGAAUCUUUGACCAAGACGACACUGGGCAUCUGGCCAUUCAAGAAACCUUGUCCAACUUGGAUCUGAAUGAUGACGAUGACGAAGAAUUACUAAGCGAAGAGGACAUGACAAUGGAAGAGUACCACAAGUUUGCUUCUGAGCUUGCCCACUCCUCUGCGAGAAAGCCUAGCCACGAAGAGUCGCGGCCUACCACGGCGACUCAGGGCAGGCGGUCGUCCAUCUUGAGCUUGGCCCACGGUCGCCUCCGGCGGAAGCCAACCAGUGCUUCGGAAUCUCGCCACGGGCACGGGAGACUGGGAAGCAGCAGCUCUGCUGAACAUCCAGCCCAGGCCCCGGCUCCUGCAGCGCCCGAGGAAGACGCCGUGCCUAAGAGCGGAUGGGAUAGCGAUUCAGACAGCGAGGAUGAUCGCACAAGCAGGAGCAUUUGGCCCAGGGGCCGCUCUUCCAACAACAACAACAACAAGGGGAGAGACUCGCCAGCCAGCAUGACGCGCCAUGAUGACGAUCAGCGCGGAUCGCGAGGAUGGGCCAAGGGAGGCUUGUUGAACGUUGGCAAGAGGCGAAAAGACCAGCAGCAAGGCCAGCGAGACUUUGGCGGCGUGGACGAGAGAAGCUUUGCGUAG